AUGGAGAACGCCGCAUUAGCCAUCAUUCGCCAUGGCACCGACUUGUUGAACCGCACCGAGACCGCUGCACCUGUCCAAGAAAGGCCGCCGGCAUUCAAGGCGAUUGGUAUAGGGCUGGCUGUUGGAUCAGGAGCCUUUAUCGGGACGUCGUUCGUGCUCAAGAAGGUCGGGUUGCUCAGGGCCAACGAAAAAUACAACGAGGUCGCCGGCGAGGGUUAUGGAUACCUCAAGAACUUCUACUGGUGGGCAGGCAUGAUACUCAUGAUCGUGGGGGAGGGCCUCAACUUUGCCGCCUAUGCCUUCACCGACGCCAUCCUUGUCACCCCGCUGGGCGCUCUCUCUGUCGUCAUCACCACUGUCCUAUCGGCAAUAUUCCUCAAGGAGCGCCUCAGCAUGGUUGGAAAGGUCGCCUGUUUCUUGUGUAUCGUCGGCUCUGUGGUCAUCGUCAUGAAUGCGCCCCAUACGUCCUCAGUCAACAACAUCCAGGAGAUGCAGGGGUUCGUCAUCCAUCCCGCCUUUUUGACAUACGCCGGCGUUGUCAUUGUGGGCUCGGCUGUCGUGGCGUUGUGGUUGGGCCCGAAGUACGGAAACAAGAAUAUGUUGGUUUACAUCUCCAUCUGCAGCUGGGUUGGCGGCCUGAGUGUCGUUGCGACCCAGGGGCUGGGUGCCGCCAUCAUUGCGCAGGCCGGGGGAACGCCGCAGUUCAACCAGUGGUUCCUCUACGUGUUGUUGGUUUUCGUCAUUGGGACACUCCUAACCGAGAUCAUCUAUUUGAAUAAAGCGCUUAACCUGUUCAAUGCUGCGCUGGUCACGCCCACGUAUUACGUUUACUUCACCAGUACGACCAUCAUCAGCUCCGCUAUCUUGUUCCGUGGCUUCAAGGGAACUCCUACAUCAAUCAUUACCGUGGUCAACGGUUUCUUGACCAUCUGCGCGGGCGUCGUCCUCCUCCAGCUGUCCAAGUCCGCCAAAGACGUCCCGGACACUGCCAUUUUCACCGGCGACCUAGACCAGAUCCACACAAUUGCCGAGCAGGCCCAGCCCGAGACGGAGCCCAAGGCGGAUGCCAUCAGAGGCGCCGCUGCCAUUGUGCGGAGAUUGUCUUCCGCGCGACAGAAGAUGGAGCUUGACGAACUGAAACGGCUGCGCGAGGAGAAGCUUCAGGAGAGCCUCGCGCCAGUCAGUGAAGACGGGGCCCCGCAGUAUGAGUGGGAUGGCAUCAGGCGACGGAGGACCGGAACAAUCAGCACGCACAGGUCGGGCGGCACCCCAGCACCUACCCACCUCGCACCCCCGACGCCACACCUGCCGCUGGGCUGGUCGCAUUUCCCCACCGAGGAGGAGCUUGCCGAAGCAAACAGGCCCGUCUCGCCCGGCCUUUCCAGCAUCGUCGGCACGAUCCGCACCAGAGCCCGCAGCGUCCUGCCGGGCCACCCCGAGUUCCGCGCCAAAACUCCCGAUGCCUCCAAGGUGCAAUCUCCGAUGCACCCCGUCCAACUCACAUCGGUCGCCGUUGCCAGCUCCAAGCCCGCUUCAGACGACGACUUCACAGCCUCGAGCCGCCACGUGCAGUUCGGCCAGCCCACCCGCCACGCCUCGGACGCCAGCGGCGAUUCCUUCAUCUCUGCCCUGCCCCCAACACCCCCACCCCACGCCACCGCCCGCCGCCAGUUCUCCUUCCAAAGCAUGUUCAAACGCAACCAGCAGUCCCACAGCCGAACCGGCAGCACUGACACCACCGACCGCCACCACGGCCAUUUCCGCCGCCCGAGCUCCGCCCGCCCCACAUCCUCUCGCCAGGGCCCUCCGUCGCGACACAGGCGCGGCGCCACCGAGGAAGAGACCCUCGGCCUGGUCAAGGGCGACUCCAACUCGAGCCAGCCCGACGCCGGCGCCCGCUCCGCGCCGGCCCUGCCCCGCCACGAUGACGUCAGCGACGAGGAGGACGAAGACGAUGCGAGCUGGGAGGGGAAGGCGUUGGCGAAGGAGGGGGCAUAUCGCGACAGCGACGGCGACGGCGACGACGGCAAAAAUGACCGCAGCUCGGGCCUGUACGGCCACAGCAUCACGCGGGGAUAUGGGCCGGCGCCGGGGUCGAGUCCGCCGCGGUCGUGGCGGAGGGACGGGGAGGGGGAGAUCGUUGAUGAUGGGGAGAAGCCGGGGUGGCUGGAGAGGGGGGAGGAUGAGAGGGAGAGGGAUGAUCGUGCGGGGGCGCGGGAGUAUGAGCAGAUGAGGAGGCGGUUUGCGGAGCAGAGGCGGGCGAGUGCUGGGAAUCAGCGUGGGAAUGGGGAUGGGUAUGGUGGUGGUGGGGAUGGGGGGGAAGAGGAGGGGUUGGAUAGGCCACCGCCGCCUCCGCCGCAUGGGGGGACGUAUCGGUCGAGGACGGGGGGGUUCAUUUAG